AUGUCAUUUCGAUGGAAUAGUGAUGUCCUUCUUUGUAGAAGGUUUGUUUCCGGUGCUUUCACUCGUUGCCGGUGUUUCUUUCGGUUAAUAACCGGUGAUUGUCCUCUUAUCCGAGGGUAUGGAGGUUUGACUUGGGUGUUUGAUCCUGGAAUUAAUGGAGGCAUCAAUGGACUCGAUGGAAUCAUCAUCAGAGAUCGAAUCAGUGAGAUUGUCUGGUUUGCUUUAAAUGGGUUAAUCCGGAUUGUUCGCAUGUUAAAAAAAAAAAAAUGGGAUGGGUUCUUUCAACGGCAACGAUACGAUAGGCGUUUCGUGCAUAUUUUUUUGAGUUUCAGACAGCAAGAAUCAGAAUCAUUUCAAACAACAUUUCUGUUUUUUAUCUCAACAAAAGUAAUGCGAAAAGAAUUUUGGAGUUUCUUCUAUAAGAUGAUAGCCAAUUAUGAGUAUGUGAAGGGGGGACGUAACAUAUUUUAUCUGUUUGCCUGUAAGGCUUCCAAUCGAAAAGCAAGGUCAUGUCUACUUCUUUAUCAAAACUGUAUUCAAUUUCCUUUAUUUAUGUCAAUGGUUGUUUAUGAAUGGUUCAUGUAUCAUGUAAAACUCUUUAUAAUAUAA